AUGUGGUGGAUUGUACAUCGAAGGAAGAACAAGAGGAACUUACACCGCGAUUUUGAGGACAAGAGUAUAUGUGACUUGGGGAAAGACUUGGAUGAGAUACUAAAGGGGAGGCUAGAGACUAUAGAGGAGGAACCAGAAGCAGAAGAGCGAGAGCGGUUAGGAGAAUCGCAGAAGCCAAUGUUGGCUAAGGCUAAGUUGAAAGUAGAAAAGGGUAAGGCAAUAGUAAAGGCACAGGUGAAAAGUGGGAAAGUGUUUUACAUGUUGUGUGUUAUUGGUUUAGCCUCUAAAAGAGCUAGUAUGAGAUCUACUUUCCUAAUUAUGACUCCAUUUCUUUUCCUUUUCCUUACGGUUCUUGCAUCUACCGGGCCAAGUCCAUCUCCCAUAUUGAGACAAGAAAAUCAAAGCAACAACCUAGUCUCAGCCAUUGCCGACAUGAUUAGGGAAUCUUAUAACGGUUUUGGCACCCUUCUCCUUCUCCAUGUCCUCAACGAUACAGAUUUCUACAAGAACCAAGAGAUUACUUUCUUGAUGCCUAGCGACGACCAUCUUUCUCAAGCAGACAUGAGUCAAGAGAGUCUUGAGACAUUUAUACUAAGACAUACGAUCCCUGCGUGGCUUAUGAUCAACCACAUGCUUCGUUUCCCAAACAAAACUCUUGUUCCUAGUAGCAUCCCUGAUAAAAUGUUCAUUAUCACAAAAUCUGGUAGGUCGGGGGGACUAUAUGUGAACAAUGCGAGGAUCGUUUCUCCUAAUAUUUGUCGGAAUUCUCGCGUAGCUUGCCACGGAGUCAGCAACGUUAUUACAUUCACCGAAGACUCAUUUUCAAAGGCAAUGUUAUCAUCAGUUCGUGAAACGUAUAGGCACUGA